AUGCGCAUUCUAUUUGGCUCCUGGGAGGCGUUUGAUGCAGCCUGCAAGCCCGACCUGCCCGACCCCGAUUCGCCAAUCCCAUGGGUCGUCGAGGCGCCGCUCUGCGCCGUCGAAAUCUACGAGGCCAUCCUCCACCAGCAAGCCAUCCGCACAGAACCGCUCACAGUAUGGACGAGCCCGGCCGGCUUUGUCCAACGGCGUGCCUUUCGCAAGGGCCAAAUGACCGCUCCCGAUUGCCACGCCUUCCGCGAUUACGUCGAACGAGACGUCCCAUACGUCCUCCUCUCUAAGGCCGAAACCACCACGCUGGAGAAAUGGUUGCUACACCGCGACAUUCACAUAUGGUCUCUGUCGAAUCUGUUUACCCCUUUUGGAAAACCACGUUUCGUCCAAAACUGGGCUGCUGCGAUGGACCACGAACAGGCUGUAGAGGCGUGCCGGGAGCUUCUCCAGGAGCUUGGAUUACCGCCGGCCCAACCCCUGGCCAGGAGCCUAUUGCCCAUGGGAGUCAAACCAAUAGCGACAGAGGAACAGCUCAAGGGGAGCAGCACAUUCCUGAGGCUGUCUGACGAUGACUGA